CAGGUUUCAGCACGAUUCCGGUGCGAGGUGCAGUCCUCUGAUUACAUGUUUUGUUCAACUCAAGAAUUGUUUUAUGAUCAGAGCUGUAAUCAACGAGUUUUAAUGCCCAUAUAAGUUUGGCGAAUUCAGCAAAGUCGUCCAUAAACAUUGUGCAGGAAAAGAGAAACAGGAAGCAAGUUCGCGUAAAUUUCCCAUUUUCAUCAAACCAGCUGUUUCAUUCAUUGCUCGGCAAGUGGCUCGGCAACGACACUUCUACUUCAACUUGCUCUUUAGGUCCCCAAGCCAUCCCCCACUUUCCACAUCAUAGACACUUCAUGUAAGAGGAUCACUGACCCGAUGGAGCCCAGCGAAAUCUGGAUUGAUGUGCCGUUCGGCAGGCUAGCGGCUAAGGUGUGGGGCUCGCCCUCAGGCAAGCCAGUGCUAGCACUCCAUGGCUGGUUGGACAGUGCUGCCACCUUUGACACCCUCGCACCCCUCCUGAACCCUAGCCUGAAGAUUGUUGCACUCGACCUUUCCGGCCACGGCAAAUCUUCACACAGACCCAAGGGCUCGCAUUACAACUACUUGGAGUAUGUUGUAGAUGUACGGAGGGUAGUGCACCAUUUCCAGUGGGACCGCUUCUCCAUCUUGGGCCACAGCAUGGGGGCCUCUGUGGGACUCCUGUUUGCUGGCUUCUUCCCCAGACGUGUAGAGUCCCUAGUGACCCUUGAUGUGAUCAUCCCAAUGGUGACCCCUGAUGCCCAUCUUCCUUCUGUCAUAGCAGGCGGUAUCGUCAAAUUCCUUAAGCUAGAAGCCCGGAUGGGCAGCCCACCCACAUACAGCCAGGAAGAACUACUAGAACGCUUGGAGGCAGCAAACCCUGGGCUCUUGAGUGAACGCUCCAAAAGACUUCUCCUUGCCAGGGGAGCUGAGGCUGUACCGGGUGGCGGCUACCAGCUGAGAAGGGAUGUCAGAGCCAAGACCAGCCGGACUUUCGGGCUGCCAUUAAGCGUACAGGAAGAGAUGAUGUCUGGCUACACUGGAGACAUACUGAUUUUUAGGUCCACAGAUAAUAUCCUCACUCAGGGCUUGAAGCCCCUCGAGCAGAAGUUCCGAGAGUUGUACAAAAAGUGCUGCGGACGGUUUGAGUAUGUGGAGUUGCAGGGAGGACACUACGUGCACCUGAAUCAUCCAGAGCUUCUGGCCCCCACCAUUAACAGGUUCCUUUGUGCCCCAUCGAGGGCAAAACUUUAAAGGUCUUGAGAUGUUUGUACUACUGCCCUUUCAACCAGAUUGUGGAUUGAGACAAGUUCCAUGGCAAGCAGACAACACUGCAUGAAGAUCAAAGCAUUGUCUUAUUUUUACUCGUAGAGAGGAACAAAAGUAGUGCAUGCAUAAAUCAAUCUUGCUGCUAUCAAGGUCCACAUGCUACUUUUUGCAAGCACGAAAAUGUUGAAUAAACGCUCAACAAUUAUUUUUAGGA